CGAUUCCCAGGGUUCAGAGCGCAGCGAGCAGCCCCAGAGCCUGCUGGGAAACGUGGUCCUCUUGCCUCGCCCUCCCUCCCUCGGUUGGGCAGGGCAACCACAUUGCCCAGAACUCUCCUCGGGAAAGGAGGCGGAGAAAGGAGGGGGCGUGGCUUUCCGGGAAAGGAGGGGGUGCGAGGAGAGAGCAAGGUCAGCGCAGGGAGAGGCUGCCGCGUCGUUUGGGGGCUCCGCCUAGGACAGCCGCUGCCGUCCUCCCUCGCUCCCCGAUGCUGCCGGCCGCCGGCCUGCUGGCACUCCGCCGUGCCCUCGGACGGCCCUCCUCGGUGGCCGCCUACGGGGUCCUGGGCCAGGGCUCCUCCAUGGAGAAGCCGGUGAAGGCCAGCAUCCGGGCCAAGCUGCAGGCCGCCCUGGCGCCCGUCCACCUGGAGGUCAUCGACGACAGCCACAUGCACGCCGUGCCCCGGGGCUCCGAGACCCACUUCCGGGUGGUGGUGGCCAGCCGCCGGUUCGAGGGCCUCUCCCUGAUCCACCGCCACCGGCUGGUCAACGACAUCCUGCAGGAGGAGCUGGCCGGCCCCGUCCACGCCCUCUCCAUCCAGGCCAAGACCCCGCAGCAGUGGGAGAAGAACCCGAAGGUCAUCCAGCCCCCGGCCUGCCUCGGGGGAUCCAAGCACGACCCCCAGGCGGGGGGACCAGCGGAGAAGACCGGGUUGGCGUGAGCCUUGUGGCAGGAACCGGGGCCGGAGGGGGGGGGGCUUCGCUUCAGAAGCGGGGAGGGGGAAAGGCCUUGCUCGGACUGACCCCCUCGGGCACCUGGCUCCCCUCGCCCGGCCCUCAGGCUCCCGCUGGCUCUUUCCUUGCGUGCAUGCGUGGGCACGGCCGUGCGCCAGCAGGUGUGCUGCGCUGACGUUUUCUGCUGUUUCUUUCUUUCCGCAGCCCGAGCGGGAGGUGGAUGGUGGGGUUCGUUCCUUAAACGGUUCGUCUCUUUUACUGUCAUGUAAGCGGAAUAAACUCCCCAAACUUC